AUGGAGACGACAGCAAUAGACGCAGCUCACGGCCUGUAUCAGGAAACAUGUAGAUACCAAAUCAUGGCUAUAUGGUCUUCCCGACAGGAUGCGAGCUACCGCGACACUUCGCCCUCCUCUCCUUCGACGCCUACGUCGCCAAGUGCAUUGCCACUGUGGUUGCAAUCAAAUACGCCGAAGCCUGGCAUACUUACCAAUAAUCGUAUUCGAACGUAUGCCAUCGUGGCGGGAGUGUUGGUUCUCGGCUGGUUCGCUACGGUGCUACUGGGUCCGGGCCAAGAGGUGGCGAACGAUUACCCAGCUAGUCCUUACGACAGAACUCCCGGCGCAGUGCCACAUGAUCCCUCGGGAUAUGGGGCAGAAAGCAACAUCACAACAGCUGGGAUCAUAGGGCUCGAUGACGAGGACGUGGAGCUUGACCCUGCCGAGCCCAUCGUCAAGAAGCCGACGGUCAAGGGUGCCUUGGCGGAGCUUCACCACGCAGUCACGGACAAGCUCCAAUACUGGGCAUCAUACAAGGCCAAACCUGCUGGCUAUGGAGCGGUGGGAUAUGCGAAGAAUGUCACAGGCUCUAGCAAGUCCUCCAGCAAGACUGCAUCAGCUGGUAAGCUGCAAGUACACGGUGGCGAAGACGUCCUUGACGGGAACGAGGAUGCCACACAGCUGGGCGCUCGCACAAGAAUUGGCAAAUGCACGAUCGUAUUCAAUGGCAACAACGCGUGGGAGCGAGCUCUACGCACACAUGAACUUCACGACAAGCUGCACGGAUAUCGGCUGCAUGUGUUGAGAGAGAAUCUGAUGGACGAUGUCUGGUCCAAGCCGGCCUAUAUAUUGAGUCUGUUGCUACGUGAGCUGGCCAAGCCAGAGAGCGAGCGUCUCGACUGGAUCCUGUGGGUGGACGCAGACACAAUCAUCCUCAACCCGCACGUGCCAAUCGAGACCUUCCUGCCACCAGCGGACUUCAACGACGUGCAUCUCAUCUACACCAACGAUUGGAACGGACUGAACAAUGGCAUCUUCCCGGUCAAGGUCAGCAGGUGGGCAGUGGACCUCUUCUCCGCCAUCAUCUCCUUCCGCUACUAUCGACCCGAUGCCUCUCUCACGUUUCGCGACCAGUCUGCCAUGGAUACUCUUUUACACGAGAAGCAAUUUGCGAAGCACGUUGUUCAGGUGCCACAGCGAUGGUUCAAUGCUUAUCAAGGCGAGCACAAUGAGACGCUCAAUCCAUUCCAGAUUCGCCGAGGUGAUCUGUUGGUGCACUUCGCGGGGGUAGGUGACCGAGAGCAGCGCAUGGCGUACUGGCUGGAUAGAGCCGAGCAGCAUCUGGAUGACUGGGAGAUGCCUGUCAAGUUUACAAGCUACCCGCAAGAAGCGAGAGACUUUUGGGACGAGGAGAGAUCGAAGCGAAGCUCACACCAACUUCUCUCGAGCGAGACACGCGCGAAAGCAGUAGACCUGCUGACAAAGACAGAGCAGAGGCUCGCGAGCUUCGGCAACCGCUUGACUGAUGCUCAGCAGACUGCUAUACGUCAAGCGCAUGGUGGUCUCCUAGGUACGACCAAUCGUGGAGACUGGCAAGACUACCUCGACGAGAUCGUACAGGAGAUGAGCCUCCUCGAGCAGGCUUGCCAACCACUUAAGGACACUGUGGACAAUAUGCACAAGUCUCUCCUCGCAUCUGCUCACGAGGCCGUUUUCGCUGGUGAACGAGACCUGUUCGAAGCGCACUGGACCAAGGAGAGCAGUGAUCCAGAACUGCGUCUUAUCGAUAAUGCUGUGCAGGCUCUCAAAAAGAUUGUCAUGUCGCCGCAAGAACUUUGGGAUACUACGCAACUGCAAAACGCUGUCAAUGACGUACAGCAAGCACGCUCUGGGUUACAGGCGAGCAAAGACAUGGCUGCAGACAGGGCGAAUGCGGUGGAGGCAGCUCGUAAACAAGUCAUGGCCGAAUCAGGGCAGGCAAGCUCUUACAGCGAGCAGGCGCCGGAAGGGAAAGUUGAGGAGUGGUCGCCAGUGGUCAGCUUCACAAGCGAAGCAGCGUCAGUGGUGGUUGAGUCGCUCAUCGUGACGUUCACACCGGAAGUAGCUGUGAUUUGGACGACUGCGACUGUAGUGGCAGAUGCGCCACAGGCUGAGAAUAGUGGUUAG